AAAAAGGCAUGUUUUGUGUCUUAUUUGUGUCUCUAUUUGCGUCGUCCCUCGGCGCAGAGGCUGUUCCCGGAGGUAGCCCGGCUUCUCGAAGCACUUCGUGCACCCUGUAGCCUGUUGGUGCCACUGAGGUUUCCUUAGCGGCGCACCCACCACUUCUGUAAAAAAGCACAUUCCUGCAGAAUUCAGGGUUAUUUUCCCAGCCCUGACCCGCGUGCACGCCUCUGCCCGAGGGUGGUGCCCUCCCGAACCCCCUUCCUGCGGCAUGUCUUCAGUUCUGGGCUCCUCGGAGAGACGUGGAGCUCCUGGAGAGGAUCCAGCAGAGAGCUACAGAAUUUAUCAAGGGGAUGGAAGAUGUCCCUUCGGAUGAAAGACUGGGAGAGUUGAGCCUCUUCAGCCUUGAGAAGAGGCGGCUGAGAGGGGGCCUCACCAACGUCUGUAAGCAUCUCACGGGGUUGCCAAGAGGCUGGGGGCAGGCUGUUCUCCGUGGUGCCAAGCAACAAGACGAUGCCAAAGGCAGAAACUGAUGCAUAGGAAUUUCCACCUGAAUAUGAAUAAGAACUUUUUUUUAUUAUGUGGGUGACCAAUAAUCCAACAGGUUGCCCGGAGAUACCCUCAGGUAUCUCCCUCCUUGGAGAUACUGAGUCGCCUGGACGCAAUCCUGUGCCAUGUGCUCUAGGAUGACCCUGCGUGAGCAGGGAGGUCGGACCAGAUGAUCCACUGUGCAUUCUGCGAUUCUAUGACACGGGAAAAAAGUAGAGGGAAAGCACAAACUCGGCAGCCGCCUCCGCAGCGCCGGCUGGCCCGGAACCCUGCGCUGCCCCGCGGCGCUCGCCGGCUCCUCCCGCCGCCGUGCCCGGCGCUGGCUGAGGGCAGCGCGGCGCGGCCUCCGCGGGGCCGCCCCCGGGCCCGCCCCGCCGCCAGGUGCGGUGCCGCUGCCGCCGCCGCCCAUGCGCUCAGCAAGUGCUCUCACGGCGUGUGCCGGCCGGGGAGGCUCCUGAGAACCGGGCCGACCAAACCUUUCGGUCGGCGGUACCGAGCCGGGAUCGCCGCCAUGAGCAAGAUCUCCAAGUUCUUCAAGGGGGGCGGCUCGUCCGCCUCCAAGGGCCGCGGGGGUCCCUCGCCGCAGGAGGCGCUGGCCCGGCUGCGAGAGACGGAGGAGAUGCUCAGCAAGAAGCAGGAGUACCUGGAGACGCGGAUCGAGCGGGAGCUGGCCGUAGCCCGGCAGCACGGCACCAAGAACAAGCGAGCUGCCUUACAAGCACUGAAGAGAAAAAAGAGAUAUGAGAAACAGUUGAAUCAAAUUGAUGGGACACUUUCGACCAUUGAGUUCCAGAGAGAGGCAUUGGAAAACUCCCACACCAACACAGAAGUGCUCAAGAAUAUGGGUUAUGCUGCACAAGCUAUGAAAAAAGUACAUGAAAAUAUGGAUUUGAACAAAAUUGAUGAUUUGAUGCAAGACAUCACUGAACAGCAAGAUGUUGCCCAGGAAAUUUCAGAUGCUAUCUCGAACCGAGCCGCCUUUGGUGAUGAGUUUGAUGAGGAUGAACUGAUGGCAGAAUUAGAAGAACUGGAGCAAGAAGAACUGAACAAGGGAAUGAGAGAUGUCAGGUUGCCAAGUGUUCCGUCCACAUCGCUGCCUUCUCACCCUGCAUUGACCAGGAAAAGAGCAGAGGAUGAAGAUGAAAUGAAGAAGCUGGCUGCCUGGGCUUCAUAAGAGCAUGGUCUUUUUAUAACACCAAACAUUAUCGUGCAGAAUGUAAAGAGCUGUACUGCUGUUUUAUAACCGCACUGAUUUAGUGUGGUUGCAUUUCAUAUGGGCUGGAGGUUUUUAUGGCACAUCUUGCUGAGACUAGUGUUACUACCAUAUUACAAAACUAGCUUAAAAACCAGCAAACAAAAGGAUUAAGUAGUUCCCUAAACCUUCAGGCAUCAUUUUUUCUUCAGCCUCAUCAAGAGAUUUAUUUUAUUAUUAGUAUCAGUUUUUAAUAGGUACUAUCUUACCAUAUCUGUUGGUUUGUAAAACCCGUGUGCCUCACUUAUGCACAAAGCUGGAUUCAUUCUUGAAAUGAGAAAGUAAGUCAUCAGGGCCCUAUAACUAGAGGGUUAUUUGGUUCAGACUGUUUGAGUAUCAGCAAAACAGCUUAAUACAUGUACUCAUUUGCAAGUUCUUUGAGCCCGAGAACUAAUAACUAUUCAUUUGGACAUGAAGACUCAGACAGUCUGCCUGGAGCAACUUAUGGUGUCCUAGAUAUUAAGAGGAAGCUCUUCUGUAGCCUUAUUGAAGUGGGAUGUGUUAUUUGUUUUAUUUUAACUAGCCAAAAUGUCCUAAGCACUUCUGUAGGUCAACUUGAAUUGUAAUUUGGACUGUUUCUGACUAGGUUACAGAUUUACAGUGAUCGAGAAAAGAAAUGUCUAGGUUCUUAUAGAUUCCUGCCAAGCACUACUGAUUUUCAUUAACCCUGAGAUUUGACCUUCCUGUGUUCUUCUCCUCUACCUUGUCUUUCUAGGAUGAGUCUUUACUUUGUAUGAUAUUACUCAUCCUCAUUGAAGGAAUUAGCAACAUACUAUAAUUAUACCAUUUCAAAAUAGUUUUAAUUUCUGAGCAUCUGGUUCUUUUAUCUUACUCAGUUUGUGAAUGGAGAUAAUACCACUGUGUGUUGCACUUGCAGUGCCUUUUAAACAUGGGUUAAAAGCUGAUACUCAGUUGCUUGAAAAGUUGGUGUGUUCCUGUCUAACUGACAGUGUUUUAGCCUAAGGAACAGAUGCCACUCUUGAUGCUAAGGUACUACAUAUAUGGUGAAAUUGCUGUUCAAAUACAGCUGCUUUAUUAAAUUAAAUAGGCUGCUUUGUACUAACAAAGUAUUAAAUAAGUCUUAAGCUCUGUGUUAGUAGCCUGCUGUCAAUCACAAGGAAAUAGUAAAACACUGUGGAGUUCCUAGGGGUGAAGGGAACAGACUCCUUGAUUUAAGUUUCUUGUUUUCAAAUGAAUUUAAAUUUCAUGAUGACUGAACCACCUGGGGGAUAGUGGUGGACUUGAUUUUUGUAGAUCUUCAGCAACAGAAGACUGACCCCUUCUCCUGUAGGCUUUAGCCUGUGAUUUGCUGGGUGUUCAGCUUCAACAGGCUUCAAUAGCCUUCAGCUUUAGUGGAUUUUAGGUUAAGUAUAAGCAAAUAUGUGUUCUAGACAUGGCCUGCUCAGAGCCUUUCAAGUUGAGCCCCGCAGAUGAAACCCAAAAUGUAUAAAGCGUGUGAAGAGAUGGACUUUUUCAGAAUUUUGCCUCUCUGUGAAGGAAUUGGAUUAUAUCUGUGUGAGAGCUGAAUCAAGCCUUGCCACUUGGAUAAUUUUUUUACUGGAAAAAACUGGGUGUGUUAAUUCUGUCCUAAAAUUUGGACAUACCAAGAAAAUCAUCCCUUUUUGUUGAGAGUCAAAACAUCUGGAAUUAUUUAAUUUUUUUUUAAAAUACAAUAGAAAACAAAACAAAACAAAACAAAAAAAAAAAAAAAAAAGAAAGAGCUUCCUUAGAUUUAAAAAUACAUUUUGAACUCUCAAAUAAGAAACCAAAUACUAACAAAACACUACUUCGUUUUAAUGCUUGCUGAAAUUCAGCAUGAGAUGCUAGCUGAAAACAAGAAUAUUUAAUAAAGUAGCAAAUAUUCUAAGCUAUUUCAAAUCCAUUUGCUAACCCUUCUGGCUUGAAUCCUGUGUUCAGGGUGUGCAGUUUAUACAGGCCUCUGAAUCGAGUACAGAACAUAUUAGCACACACUGGGUGUGUGACUGUGCAAGGCUGGCAGGGUGCUUGUGGGCUCUUCUGGUAUUUCUAAAUAUGAGGCCGUGUCAACAUAGCCCCAUAGUUUGGAGAAGCUGGCUUCCAGCCUCUGUUCUUGGUUUAGUUUAACCAAUAAUUGUUCUUGAAUUAGUAGUUUAACAAUGCUUGGCUCUUAUGUAGCACUUGGCAUAUUUGAAGUGCUACAAGUACAACCUAAUAGGUCCCUAAGCUUCCAUUUUGAAGCUAAAGUGACUUUCAGUCUGUUUUGGAAAACAUGGGCCUGCUAUUUCUGAAUAAGAACUUUCCAUGUGAACACUCAUCACUGGAGAGAAAUCCUGUCAAGGUCUCCUUUGCAAACCAGCUUUUGACUGCUGACCUCCAGUAAUGUUUGGGCCAAGUGUUAAUCCUGAAGAAGCUUCAGGUAUGUUCAGCUUAUUAAUCUCAGACCAAGCACUUUAAAAACAAAAUUUUUGAAUGGUGAAGAAAUGAAUAUUCUGGAUAUUCAGGUGAGCUGCUCUGAAAGCUUACGUAGAGUCUGAAAGACAGACUCAUGUACCAGUUCACAGGCCAGGAUGUGAGGUUGGUGAAACACUCAGGAACAUUGUAGUGAUGUACAGAAACCAAAAUACACCAUGGGCCUCCAUGACAGGAGUGUUUGUUGCCAUAUUUUUUUGGGACACCAGUUUUCUUCAAGGGCAGAAGGAUUGUAGGGAUUUAAUUCAGCUGAGGGAGUGGCUCUUUUCCUGUGUAAAUUCAGAUAACAGUGGGACAAAUGGCUCUUUCUUUUUUGAACAUAUGCCUCCCUUCAUGCCAAGAUGUUAUUUGUUAGUAUGUAAGCAGUCAAGAGUGAAUAGUGUCAAUGUGUUAUUGUACAUGUACCCUAUUGAGUGGAACAUAUUUUACAGGAGGACUGUGGCAGCAGAUGGUGUACUAUUACUGACUUCCUUUCUUGUUGCUUAUUUAUUCUGAGAUUGUUGUUUUCUCCUAAUAGGCUUAGACAUUGUUAACCUGGAUAACUUUAAAAAGGGGGAAAUACAUUAAUAAAAAGUAAAACCAAUUCAUAUAUGUAUAUAUAUAUACACACUGUAAAUAAAUAUUUUGGUGUCA